AUGAUUUUGGAGAAAGGGGCCAAUGUCAGACUCAUCAAGAAGAAAGACAGAGGGAACACCUGCUGUUUGUUUACCCCCAACCUGUUGCUCCCGAACACCAGGAUUCUAGAGAAUCACAACUCCAGUAACUCAAUGAGCACCGCUCAGAAGCCAUCCAGGAAGACCGAGAUUCAUCCUAAAGCUAUGCUGAGAGCUGGUCUCCACUGUGAUAUUGGAUCAGUGCCUAUCAUCUUCAGGAUUCUGAACCCUAACGCUUGCAUGGCUCUGGCCGUACCGGGCAGAGGCUACGUCCCACAUGAAACUGGAUUUGGAACUCAAGUGUGGUGCAGGGCAUUUCAGCCAGGAAGAGCAAAGAAAGAUGUGCAACGAGGAAACACUGGACGGUGUCAGACAGAUGCCAGAGAUGCAGAGCAAUUGAGCAAGAACAAGGUGACACACAUUCUGUCUGUCCACGAUAGUGCCAGGCCUCUGUUGGAGGGGGUUAAAUACCUGUGCAUUCCAGCAGCGGAUUCACCAUCUCAGAACCUGACAAGACAUUUCAAAGAAAGUAUUAAAUUCAUUCACGAGUGCCGACUCAGGGGUGAGGGCUGUCUUGUACAUUGCCUGGCCGGUGUCUCCAGGAGUGUGACUCUGGUGAUCGCAUACAUCAUGACCAUCACCGACUUUGGCUGGGAGGAUGCCCUGCACACUGUGCGUGCAGGGAGGUCCUGUGCCAACCCCAACCUGGGCUUCCAGAGACAGCUCCAGGAGUUUGAGAAGCAUGAAGUCCACCAGUACCGGCAGUGGCUGAAGGAAGAAUAUGGAGAGAGCCCUUUGCGGGAUGUGGAAGAAGCCAAAAACAUUCUGGCCACUGCAGGAAUUCUGAAGCACUGGGCCUUUCUCAGAAGACUGUAAGGUACCUGAAGUUUCUGAAAUAUCGCAAAGCCACAGAGUUUAGGCUGGUGCUGCCAAAAAGAAAAGCAACCUAGAGUUUAUUUUUAAGUAUCCAGAAGCGAUUUGUAAAUUUGGUUUUCAUUUUAAACUGAAUACAUGUGUAAUGAUGUUCUA